AUGACAUACAGGUUUUACUGCAACAGCGACUUGACGGGAACGGACCAAGCGUCGUUGGUGACGAACUCACUCGACGAAUGCGUCACGUUAUGCGACUCAUUAAACUGGACGGAGAACCGCAGAGACGUCGGCUCCGUCUGGAAUGAGAAAGAGCAGCAGUGUCCAUUGUCGGCCGAGCUUGCAGCCCAAGCAUACGGAAACAGGAUGUUGAACUUCAUCCAGAUCGUUACGAUUCCCACCGCCGAUACCCGUGGUAACUGCUUUUUGCUUCACUUCGAUAACAAGCGCUAUGUCUUUGGCAAUAUCUCCGAAGGCACCCAGCGCGCAUUCGUUCAGCGAAGUAUCGGUAUACAAAAGGUCGAAGACGUUUUCUUGACCGGCGUGGUUAAUUGGCAGAAUGCCGGUGGUCUCCUUGGUGUCAUCCUAACCAUUGCCGACACUCUUGCUGGAAAGGUCGAAAAUCUACGAGCAAAUCUAGAGGAGAAGAAGAAGAGAGGCGUAAAGGUUCACAGUAACGACGCCGAAUCGAAUGACGCCGAAUCGAAUCUCAAUGCGACACCGAGACUUAGAAUCCAUGGAGGGAAGAACAUGGCCCAGCUGUUAGCCACUGCUCGACGGUUCGUCUUUCGGAAGGGUCUUCCUUUAACCGCUCAUGAGAUUCGCGAUGAUCCUCGCCCUGCCAAACAACAGUCUUCCGAACCUGAUUGGCAAGAUGUCAACAUCAGAGUAUGGUAUAUGCCCAUCCAAUCGGCAGCAGCGCCAUCAAACAACCCUAGGAAAAGAUCUCUCGAAGAGUUCAUAGGGGAUUCUGAUGUCGAUGGGCAACAUGAACCAUUGUCGGACAAGGAAGGUGAUCUGAAGUUGGUCAAAACCAUCCUCAACAUGAUGUUUGACUCUGGCUGGAAGAUGGACGCGCUGCAUGAGACAACCUUACAUCAAGUAAAGCUGCCAGCAAAAAUAUUCGUCCGAGACAAAAACGGCCAUAUCCAAGUGUAUAAAGGUCCCAUGCCGGAAGAUGGCGAGGAAGUGGCAGAUAUUCCCGUGCUAACACGCGAACCAUGGCCCGGAGCUACGGUUCAGUCACUGCCCCGUACAGAACCUUCGAAUCAGUCUAUGUGCUAUAUAGUCAAGAACCAUGAUCGACGAGGGAAGUUCAAUGUCAAAGCAGCUGAAGAGUACGGCGUACCCAAGAUAAACUUCAAGAAUCUUACGAGAGGCGAGAAGGUUGAGGGCAAGGACGGAAUGGUAGUCACCCCUGAAAUGGUUUUAGGAGAGACUGUCCCCGGUAGCGGGUUUGCUAUCAUUAAUCUUCCAGAUUCAUCUUACAUCGAUCCACUUGUGUAUCGUACCGAGUGGUCGGAUGAUAAUAUAAUGAAAGGGGUCUAUGUCAUCUUCUGGCAGUUGGGUCGUGGAGUUGGGAAUGAGCCUCGAUUGCAAGAAUUCAUGCAAAAGAUGUCCAAGGUAAAGCAUAUUGUCUCCUCGGUAGAUGCCUGUCCGAAUAGGAUCUCGUUAGAGUCGGUGGCAGCCCAAGCUUUCAAACUGCGGUGUAUUGACCCUGACCGGUUCCACUUACCAACAUACAACAACCGACUCUCGAUCUCGAACACUCCAAUAGCAGACAUCUCUUACACCCCUUCUGUCUACGAGGGUGGCAAGGUUGGGAAAAUGGUCCAAUUUUCGCCCUAUUAUCUACAUCAGGAUGACAAAGUUGUCCCGUUCCCGGACAUCGAAAAAAUGGUUCGGGAAAGCCAAGGGCUAAAUAAUCAGGUAUUAGAAAUGGCCGUCCAAGCAAGAGCGAAAGUUUCGGAUCCCGAGUUCCUUGCCAAGAUCGAGAAAGUAGAAUCGGACAUUCCCAAUCGAGAUGCGGAGGUAAUCACUCUGGGGACCGGCUCUGCUUUACCGUCCAAGUACCGUAAUGUCUCAGCCACCCUGGUCUGCGUUCCGGGUUACGGGAAUUACCUGUUCGACUGUGGCGAAAACACGCUUGGUCAACUGAGCCGAGUGUUUGGUGACGGAUUGCCUGAAAUAUUACGCGACCUGAAGUGCAUAUGGAUCAGCCAUCUGCACGCGGAUCACCACCUAGGCACCGCGUCUGUUAUUCGAGCGUGGCACGAAGAGACGAGCAAAUCGAAUCCCUCGGCAAAGCUCUUCAUCGCGUCUCACCAUAACAUGAUAGAGUGGCUACGGGAAUACGCUGAUAUCGAGAACUAUGGCUUUGACCGUCUUGUGGCCACUCCGGUCAUACAUAUAAAAAAUAAUAGUAUGGGACAAAUCUGUCAGCCACGCGUAUUUUCCGAAGAUGAAACAGCCAUGUUCGGCUUGGAACGAAUCGAUUCCUGUUUCGUGCAACACUGUUUCGGGGCACUCGCAACGGUCUUCACUUUCCCGUCUGGCUUCAAGAUCGCGUAUUCCGGCGAUUGUAGGCCAAGCGAAGACUUCGUCGAGAUCGGAAAGGGCGCCACGUUGCUGAUCCACGAGAGCACGUUCGAGGACGAGCUACUGGGCGAUGCCAUUGCAAAGAAGCACUCGACCAUGUCCGAGGCUAUCGACGUCGGCCGGCGCAUGGGGGCGAGGAGGAUUUUGCUGACGCAUUUCUCUCAGAGAUACCAGAAGAUACCGACGAUGGAGGAAAACUUCGAGAUCAGGCCCGACGCUAAAGACGACGAGAAGGCGCAGCUAGACGAGGUGAUAUUAGUUGCGUUCGACUACAUGCGCGUUAAGCUUGGGGAUUUCAGAAAGGCGCAGGCUUUCCUGCCAGCAUUGCAGAAACUCUUCGAGGAAGUGGAGACUGAUGAAUUGGAGAUUGAUGAAUGA